UUUUGUUUUUUGGGUACUUUUCCAACUUGCUGCCCUCUCCAAUGCCGAUUCCACCGCCGCCGACCUUCCCAUCGCUCCAGCUGGUGCUCGAUGCAGAGCACGGCGUCCUGUGGAUGACGCUCGACCGCCCGAAGAAGUACAAUGCGAUUGAUGGACCGCUGUACGACAACAUUGUCCGCGCCCUGGAUUAUGCGGCGCAAACGGAUGGCGUGAAUAUCGUGGUGCUGUCGGGCAACGGAAAGUACUUUUCCAGCGGAAACGAUCUCGCAAGCAUGAAUCAGCAGUACGCCGAAGCCGCCGAAAACCCAGACGGCCCGCAAGCAAUGUUGGACGCUUCUCGCAACCGAUUCUCCAAGUUUGCCAUUCGAUUCAUCACCUUCCCGAAAAUCCUUGUGCUGGCUUUGAACGGCCCAGCCGUCGGCAUCGGCGCAACCAUCAUUCCUCACGCGGACUUUGUCUACGCCAGUGCGGAUGCGACCAUUUACACUCCAUUCACGGAUCUUGGCCAAUCGCCCGAGGCAGUGUCGUCAAUGACCUUCCCAGCAAUCAUGGGCAUGGCGCGCGCAAACGAGGUGCUGAUUUUGGGACGAACCUUCAAUGCGAACGAGUGCUUCCAAGCCGGCUUGUUCAGUGCUGUCUUUUCUCCGGAAGAGUUCCGGCAAAAGGUCCAGGAGCGUGUUGCCAAGUUGGCCGACAAGCCGCCUGGCUCGUUGCUGGACUGCAAGAAGCUCAUCCGGGAGAAGCUGAUCCCUGCUUACCUCGACACAAACGAGCGAGAAUGCAAUUUGCUUAGCCAACGCUGGGCGUCCGACGAAUGUGCUGAAGCGCUGAUCAAGUUUGCCUCUCGUCGUUCCAAGUUGUGAAGCAAAAUUUCCGUUCGCAAUAAACAGACUUUUUUCCCCUCC